AUGGCCCUCACGUUUCAUGUGAAACCGUGGAAGCCGUGGACGCCGCGGCACCCCAAGUCAUUCUCACCGCGCAAAUGCCCCAAUUCUCGCACCCCAGAAUCCAGAAACCCCCCUCCCCCUCCCCCAGCCCCGCGUUGUGAUGUCUACCCCAACACCAUGCUGCCCCCCAAGCAUGGCCUUCCUUUGAAGCCGCCAGCCAAAGUUUGCGUGCCUAUCAGCGGUAAUACUCAGCCGUGUGCGCUGUUGAGCUCCCCCUCUCAACCAAGGGAGAUGUCUCUACCACCGCCCAGUUCAGAGAAUCUCCGGCAUGGCGUAUCAUCUCUCUGUGAUCUGGCACAUCACACCCUGAAUUCGCAUCCCACCUCUGCCCGUGAUAUCCAAGAUAAUAUCUCUGAUACGCCGACUGAACUGCCUCCCCUUGGGAGAGGCGCCACAGGGACUGAUUCCUCAUCGCUGAGCAAAACCAGUUCAGAUGGUAGCUUAGAAGAUUUCUGCAGGCUCCUGGAUCUCCAGAACAACAUCCCCAUUGACCCAGUGAUCCUUGCCGACAACGCGCCUUGGGACAUUAGUGACCUUCACCAGCCUGUCCAGCAAGGUGAUGAUCUUGCAAACCCAAAGGCCAUUUAUCCAUAUCCUGAACCUCCCCUGUCUAUGUCCUGUGACCCCUUCAACCAUCACCAAGGAUCCGAAGAGAGGCCUGACAGCUGGAAUAGAAAUUCUCAAACAGUUGAUGACACUUAUGUUCUGGAUCAUUGGCAGAUUCACCCCGCCCGUUGCGGCACUGAUGUUGAUGUGCCUUGCUCCUACAGCAUGAGUGAUGACUUCCUCAGUGAUGAACAGUCGAGGAGACGCAACUCAACGAGUGUCUGCAGUUCCUUUCUUGACUGUUUGAAGGUGCUUUGGCAAGUUGCAUGCCUGAUUCAACGCCAGCAAUAUGGGGAGAUGAGAGUGUGCGGGCAGCUGGUCGGUCGGCCGGCUCCUCACAAGGUUGGCGAAACUCAGCAUGAGUGCGCGGCGAGGGGAGAAAGGGCCACAGAGACAAGCUGUGGCGAUGGCUCCCCGAGGAUGACGCACGGCUCCUGGGCAUGA